AUGAUUGUCUCACUAGCUCAAUGGGUUUCGUGCCCAACUUCUUCUUCUUCUCUCGUCUUUAAUCGUUGCAAGAGAUUACAUCUGGUGAAAGCCACGGUCGAUGGUAUGAACCAGAUUGUUCCUCCGGCACAAAAUCAAAUCCUUAACAAAGAAGUAAAAGAGAGCGUGAGCCUGUUAAAAACCGCUGCAAAAACUCGGAAAGUUGCAGCAGAUGAGAUUUUAGCUGCUUUUUCUACUAUUGAAAAGGCUAAAAUUGAUCCAUCCACAUUCCUUGAAACACUUGGUGGAUCUGAGUCCCCUGGACGAACAUGGAUGCUCAUCUUCACCGCGGAGAAGAAACUGACGAAAGGUCGUUAUUUCCCUCUAACCGCUGUUCAGAGGUUUGAUGCUGUUGGAAAAAGAAUAGAGAAUGGAGUAUAUCUUGGUCCAUUAGGAGCUUUGACAUUUGAAGGAAAGUUUUCAUGGAAGAAUCGGAUCCUAGCCUUCAUCUUCGAAGAGAUUCGUAUCAAGAUUGGACCUUUCAAUCCUCUAAAGAUCGGUUUGGGGAAGAAAGACGCAGAGGAAGAGCCAAGUAACAAAGAUCCUUUCUUCAUAUGGUUUUAUGUUGAUGAAGAAAUAGCCGUUGCUCGAGGAAGAAGUGGCGGUACAGCUUUCUGGUGUCGUUGUCGCCGCAUUUCUUCGUAA